AUGGACGCUCUUGGGUUUUGGAGGUUCAUCACUGGGAAGAAGAAAGAGUUGGACGCGUUGAGGGCUCAAAUGCCUCUGGCUCUGGCCGAGUGCGUGGAUCCACCGAGGUUCGUGCUGGAAUCGAUAUCGAAGGUGUUUCCGGUGGACAAGAGGGUGGAGAAGAGAGAUAGAGUACUGAAUGAUUUGGGCUGGGCCUACAUUCUGGUGCUGGAGUCGCUGAUACCGGUGGUGGUGGAUCCGAUGAUCGGGAAGUCAAGGCUGCUGGUGACGCCGAGCGUGAAGGAGCGCGCCAAGGAAAUAACCGAGACAUGGAAGGCGAGCCUAGAGGAGUGCCGUGGGAUCGAGAACAUGAAGACCGGCCCUCAAGCUUGUUAG